UGUAUGUUGGAAGAAAAUGGCGGAGUGUGUUGGCAAGUUCAACACUCAAAAUCAGAUUCUUAUCAUUAGCAUGUCGCUGCAAUAAUUUUGUGUCAUUGUCGGAGCCCUCUCCGUUUUGCUUCACGACCCAGUUGCUUUCUUCUUUUGACAAUUGUCUUUUCUUUUUACAUUCUAAAUGCCACUCUUUUUACCUUCAAAGUUUGUCAUUCAUCAUCGUCUCUCAUUGUAUUACACCCAACAAAUUCUUACUUUACAUCAACUACUUUCCCUUCGCUAACUGCUCUUCACUCUCUCUGUCUCUCUCACUUUCUUCUUCCUUUCGUCAAUCUUUUGAAACUUUUUUCAAAGAUUACUUUAUCUUGCUUUAAUAAAUUUGUGUAUUUAGUUUUCUUCUUAUCCCCCAAUCACUGCUCUCACUGCUCCUACUCAACCGCUAGCAAUUAUGAAUGACUUCACAAAUUUAAUGUUCCUCGGGAUUUUAAUUUUUUUUUUUACUCUUUUUCAGGUGAUCUUUUUUCUCGGCCAACCAACAAAUCAAAUGCUAUAACCCAUCAUCUUAUAUUUUUGGGUUUUGUUUAUUUUCGCUAUUAAUGCGUUGUAUCCGAGUCCCCACCUUUACUCUUCAGAAAUAUUUGUUCUUUUUUUCUUGGAGGUAUAACAAUGAGCAAGAACACAGCUCCACGGGAUGGAGACACAAUGACCCACUUGGAUUUCUUCAAAAAAUGCAAGCGUCUCAGCCCUCUUGAACCUUCUCUUGCCAUUCUUGGCUUCAUCUUUGUGGCUACUUUCUUCAUUGGCUGUUUCUUUUACUUGGAUUACCGGACUGUCACUCGGGAAGCUUCUUGGCUGGGAUUAAUCACCCCAUUUUCUUCAUCAGAAGUAGCAGCAGCAGCAUCCAGUGAGAAGGAACUGCCUGGAUUUCUUGAUGAAGGUGGUGAAGGCUGUGAUUUGUUUGAUGGGAAUUGGGUUUGGGAUGAUAACUAUCCACUGUAUCAAAGCACGGAUUGUUUGUUCAUUGACGAAGGGUUUCGUUGUUUAGAAAAUGGUAGACCUGAUAAUUUCUUCACCAAGUGGCGCUGGCAGCCUAAAGAUUGCAACUUGCCCAGAUUUGAUGCAGGGAACAUGCUGGAAAAGCUCCGAAAUCGCCGACUAGUUUUUGUUGGUGAUUCAGUUGGGAGGAACCAGUGGGAGUCCCUGCUUUGCAUGCUUGCAUCUGCUGUUUCCAAUAAGUCCUCUAUCUGCGAGGUGAAUGGGGAACCUAUCACAAAGCACCGAGGGUUUUUGGUAUUCAGGUUCAAGGACUACAACUGCACAGUUGAAUACUACAGGGCUCCAUUUCUUGUGUUUCAGGGCCGGCCUCCAGUUGGUGCACCAAAAGAGGUGAAACUGAGUUUGAAAGUGGAUCAGUUGGACUGGACUUCUAGUCAGUGGAGAGAUGCAGAUAUCCUAGUUUUCAAUACUGGGCACUGGUGGAAUAUUGAGAAGACCAUAAAACAGGGUUGUUAUUUUGAAGAAGGGGCACAAAUGAAUAUGGAGAUGAGUGUUGAAACUGCAUUUCAGAGAUCCAUUGAGACAUUGAUUGAUUGGAUUGAUAGUCAAGUAAAUAUGAACAAGACCCAAGUUCUCUUUCGAACCUUCGCUCCUGUGCAUUUCAGAAACGGGGAGUGGAAUUCUGGUGGCAGCUGUCACAUGGAAAAGUUUCCUGACUUGGGGCCAUCACCCACUUCACCGCAGUCACAUUUUGAAAUGGUAACCAGUGUUUUGUUGAAGCACUUGAAUGAGUCCCUAGUGAAGAACUUGGAUUUGUUGAAUGUGACAAGCAUGACAUCUCGAAGGAAAGAUGGUCAUGCCUCCUUGUACUAUUUAGGACGUGAGACUGGUCCAGCUCCUCUCCACCGACAGGACUGCAGCCACUGGUGCUUGCCCGGUGUCCCUGAUUCAUGGAAUGAACUUCUUUAUGCACUUUUCCUGAAGUGGCAGAGUUUUCAUGUACAAAAUUCAACAGAACCUUCUCAACCUCCUCAGUCAUGAUGCCACAAAAAAGUUUUAGGAAGCUAGCACAUGCUGGGUGAAGAAUUAUCUGCUGUAAAGCUUUGGUGAUGGCUCUUCUCUGAGCUCAUCUAUUGAUAUCAGAGUUUUCCCACAUGCAUUUAUAUGAGACAGAUUAUCAUUCUUAAGGAUUCAAAGCUGAUUUGGAGCUGCAGAAUCCGGAGGUGUCAAAUUCUUGGGAUAUUUUACAAGAGUUAGUGGUGGACUGAUACAGACCCGGGUUUGAUAGCGUUGGCAGUUCCUGUCGUCAGCAGCCCAGAAUGAAUUCGUGCGGCUCAAGUUUCUUUUACACAAUGCAAUGGAACACAAAUGUUGUUACAUUGUAAUGAAAAUGCUAGUUGUAAUAGAACAGUGAAUGAGCAAAAUAGUAGAUUUUAUAUUGAUCAA